GCCGGGCGCCCCAGCUGUCUGCACCCUAAACUCAGACCCUCCAGCAUCUUCUUGGUCAGGCGAAGCCCACGACGUUGACAUGCCGGAGAUCCGCCUCCGCCAUGUGGUGUCCUGCAGUAGCCAGGACUCGGUGAGGGAGCGGCGUGGAGGAGGUUGGAAGAAACCUACUGUGCAGAAAACCUUCUCAAGGCAGACACUUACCGAAAAUGGCGGGCAGCCAAGGCGGGCGAGAAGACCAUCUCUGUGGUGCUCCAGGUUACUACAGAAUAUGAAGUACAGUUCCCCGUGCAACACAUUAGAGAAGGAGGAGCAGAUACACAGCGUGGACAUCGGGAACGACGGCUCGGCCUUCGUGGAGGUGCUGGUGGGCAGCUCAGCCGGAGGGGCCGGGGAGCAGGACUACGAGGUCCUUCUGGUCACCUCGUCUUUCAUGUCCCCUUCCGAGAGUCGCAGUGGCUCAAAUUCCAACCGCGUUCGCAUUUUUGGGCCCGACAAGUUGGUCCGGGCAGCAGCAGAGAAGCGCUGGGACCGCGUCAAAAUUGUCUGCAGCCAGCCCUACAGCAAGGAUGCCCCCUAUGGCCUGAGUUUUGUAAGGUUUCACAGCCCCCCAGACAAAGAGGAGGCCGAGGUCUCAUCCCAGAAAGUGACCAAGCUCGGCCAGUUCCGCGUGAAGGAGGAGGAUGAGAGCGCCAGCUCCCUGAGACCCGGGGCUCUCUUCUUCAGCCGGAUCAACAAGACCCCCCCAGUCGCGGCCAGUGACCCAGCAGGACCCAGCUAUGCAGCUGCUACACUGCAGGCCUCCAGUGCCACCUCCUCGGCCUCUCCGGCCUCCAAGACAGUAGGCAGCACCUCCAAGGAGUCCCCCAGAGGCAAGAGGAAGCUGGAUUUGAGCCACGAAGAAAAGAAGACCCCCAGCAAACCGUCCGCCCAGCCCUCACCACCCGCCCUCAAGAGACCCAAAUUGCCAGCUCCCACCCAUACCCCAGCCACUGCCCCUGCCCCUGCCGCAGCACGGGGGGUGGCGCCAGGGAAGCCCCGUGGAGAAGGCGCUGAGCCCAGGGCCCCCCGCGCCGGCCCGCAGGAGCUGGGGAAGAUCCUCCAGGGUGUGGUGGUGGUGCUGAGUGGCUUCCAGAACCCCUUCCGCUCGGAGCUCCGGGACAAGGCCCUGGAGCUGGGGGCCAAGUAUCGGCCAGACUGGACUCCAGACAGCACCCACCUCAUCUGUGCCUUUGCCAACACCCCCAAGUACAGCCAGGUCCUAGGCCUCGGAGGCCGAAUCGUGCGGAAAGAGUGGGUGCUGGACUGUCACCGCAUGCGGCGGCGGCUGCCCUCUCGGAGGUACCUCAUGGCUGGGCCAGACUCGAGCAGCGAGGACGAGGGGGGCUCUCACGGCGGCAGCAGUGGGGAUGAAGCCCCCAAGCCUCCCCGAAAGCGCCCCCAGACCAAAGCCAAGCCCUCUCAGGCAGCAGGACCUAGCUCACCCCAGAGACCCCCAACCCCAGAAGAGACCAAACCACCCUCACCAGGGCCCCAGGAAGAUGCUGACACCAAGGGGGAGCAGUCAGGACAGGACAAUGGGGCAGAAGAUUCUGGGGACACCGAGGAUGAGCUGAGGAGGGUGGCUGAGCAGAAGGAACAAAGGCCGCCCUCUGGCGAGGAGAAUGGCAAGGACCCGUACGCAGGGUCCACGGAUGAGAACACGGACGAUGAAGGUCCCCCGGAGUCUCCCAGUCUGCCGAUUCCCGAGCUCCCAGACUUUUUCCAGGGCAAACACUUCUUCCUGUACGGGGAGUUCCCGGGGGACGAGCGGCGGACGCUCAGCCGUUAUGUCACAGCCUUCAACGGGGAGCUUGAGGACUAUAUGAGCGACCGGGUACAGUUUGUGAUCACGGCACAGGAGUGGGACCCCAGCUUUGAGGAGGCCUUGAUGGACAACCCCUCCUUGGUGUUCGUCCGUCCCCGGUGGAUCUACAGUUGCAACGAGAAGCAGAGGCUACUUCCCCACCAGCUCUACGGGGUGGUGCCCCAGGCGUGAAGUAUGCGCUCACACGCACGAGGCUUAAUAAAGGUGACUUGGUUUGGA